ACUGAGGGGUAGGGGGUCCCUGCGUGGGCGCGGGGCCUGAGCGGCCGUCGGGGAUGCGCGGGGACCUGGCAGUCUUCCUUUCGGCGGCCUGCCGAGGGCGCGGGGACCAGGGCGCCGGCCGCGCCGGGGGUCCCCGCAGCCCCCUGGUUUGUCUGUUGCGAGAUGGCAAAACAGAAGAGAAAAGAGAGCAGAGUGGCAGAGAAAAAGAGCAAAAACCUGAAGGUGUCAGCUGCACAGACGCCCCCAGCACCCGCAGCCCCGCCGGGCGCCAGGACGGCCCCUGCCAAGGGGUCCGCAUCCGCAUCCGUGUCCCAGGAGGAGCAGAGGGUCCUGGAGAGGAAGCUGAAGAAGGAGCGGAAGAAAGAGGCGCGGAGGCGGCUGCGGGAGACGGGCAUCGCUGCGGCUCCAAGCCCGGCGAGCAAGCGCUCGGGGGCCGCGCUAGCCCUGGAAUACCUGUGCAGGAAGGUCCUCGACCUGCAGUGACCGCCCUUGACCGUGUGGAGCCCAGGGGUCAGGAGGCCACCCGGCGGAGCAGCCUUCCCGACCCUGACCCUGGGCGGUUCUCUGCGAGCUGGGCCCAGAAGCACGAGGACUGGAGGUUCCAGAAGACGAGGCAGACCUGGCUGCUACUGCACAUGUAUGACCGUGACCAGGUCCCUGAUGAGCACUUCCCCACCCUGCUGGCCUAUCUGGAGGGGCUCAGGGGCCGCGCCCGUGAGCUGACAGUGCAGAAGGCGGAGGCGCUGAUGCGGGAGCUGGACCAGGUGGGCGCCUGCGCCCUGCCACCCGGGGGGACCCAGCGCGCCCGGCAGGUGCUGCAGCUGCUCUCCUAGCGGGCAGCUCGGGGGCACCUGGGCCCCGUGGACCCCAGCGAGGGCAAGGGCCCUGGGUCUUCUGGGUCCUGCACCCCGGAGGGCCUGCCUCUCUCUCCUAACUCCUCGACCAGGAACUCUUCAGAGGAGAAGACAGGUUACCCCCUCCACGGUAGAAUGCGGUCACUCUGAAAUGACCUGGCCUCCCGGUGGCCCACAGGCUCCCACAGAAGCUUCUCAUUGUGGGAAACGUCUUGUUUUUCUACCAGGACUAUGCUAGAGGUCAGAGCUGGCCUUUCCUGCCAGCUGCAGCCCAUCCGCGUGGGGCAUGGCCCCCUCCUCUGGCUGAUGGUCCCUCCCAUGCCUCUUCGAGGCCACCUGCCUGCCUUCGCUGAUGGCUGGGCUGAGGUUCAUCCAUUGCUCCUCCCCCUGGCUGUAUUUUCAAUAAAAAACAGGCCCCUGGGGACCGUG